AUGCCACACGUUGAGGUGCUCCCGAACUCGACGGCGACCGUCGCACCGGGAUGGACGUAUGUCGUCGACACGGGCUACGACCCCUCCAAGGUUGCCAUCAACCCAAAGAACAAGAAGCGCGCAGCGGCAGCAACGCCAGGCGGUCAGCGCGCCGAGAAUGAGCUAUCUGCACGACAGCAGACGGCUAUAGCGCGACGCAUAGCAGAGCUAGAACGCGACAACGACCCCAAACAGCUUAUCACGGUGCCUGGAAAGCCGAGCGUGCCCAAGACACAGAAUGCAAGGAGGAUCAUACAGUAUCAGCGGCAGAUCAAGCAUUGGCUCGACGACGAAGAGGCGCAAUUGGGACAAGCAACGACGACAUCAAGAGGGAGUGUGUCUCAGUCCACAGGAGGAAGAGGAGCAACACAAGCGUCCCGAAGACAGAGCGCCUUCGCUUCCGUGCCCGCGACACCUGCGGAAGCCACCCCAGGACCCGCAGCCAUAGCACAAACGCCAUCACGACUCGAAGACGCGAAUGCUGACGAUGCGCUACUCUCCAUCGACGACUCUAUACCUGCACCAAUCAACCCCGCCGAGCUUGAGGCACUGCUUGCCGCACCGCCGCUCUCGUACGCUGCAAGCCACGCAGCGCCUCCUCCAGCUGGCGGUCCACCGCAGAGACAGUUCUGCGAUAACUGUGGAUAUUGGGGGCAGAUCAAGUGUCGCAAGUGUGGCGCGCGCGUGUGUGGAUUGGAGUGCAAAGACGCGCAUGAGGCUACAAGGUGCUUGAAAUGGGCAUGA